CAUCACAGCCCCGGUGGGAAAGGGAGGGGGGAACACUCGAAACUGGGGCCCCAAAGCUGAAAAGGAGGGAAACUGAGCCCUCCCUGGGCCGGAAGUCCUCUGCUCAGGCCCCUCUUCCCCUUUCCCCGAACAGCGGCCCACUUGUGUCUCUCUCCCAGCAGGAUCCACGAUGGAUGAUUCCUGGACUAACCCACACGGGGAAUUCAGAGAGAGAUUACACGGGUACCCACCACCUCCACCACCACCACCACCACCUUUGCAGUCCCACGCGGUAAUGGGCCAGCCCCGGCUUCUUCGUUGCUCACUGGUGAACCUGACCCCCUGUGAGGAGAGGAACACCAUCCUGGAGCUAGAGGAGGCCAACCAAAGACUGAAAGAUAUGAACCAGGAGCUGAGGGGACGACUUGAGGACAUCAUGGAGCCGAGGGAGAUAAGGCAGGACUUUAUUCCCGUGUGUCCCAACCAUCAGCGCCAGUUACAGAUCCUGGCCUGGGACAAGGAAUGUCCCCAGAUGAUGGAUGAGCCAAGGACAGUACAGGUGCUAAAACAAAAAAUCUGCCCUCGUGAGGAUCCCUUCACAGAAAAGUCCCAGAAAGAGCUGCAGAAGAUGAGGCUGUCAUUUGAGAGAAAGAAGACAUCCAUUACUGAGGUGUGGGAUGGCAUGAGUGAAGUUCACAUGUCCUUGACUGACCAGGCUGAAGGUCUUCUGAAUCUCAAAAAGGAUAUCCGAACUGUGUUAGAUGAGGUAGAAGACAUUCGAAUGGAAAUUCUUCGGGCUUCUGGAACAGUCUCUGCUGUCUUGGAUUUGCGCAGGGACAAGGCCCAAAACCAAAGUCUGACCAGGAGAGGCUUGGUUAUGCCAGAAAAGAAGUCACCUCAGCCGCCACCCUGUUUACAAGAAGAUGACAGCUGCUGGACCAGCGCAAGGAGAUGGCUUGGUAGCUGGUUUCCUGUAUUUAAGAGACUGUUAAAUGAAAAAAAGAUUUGCCUUUUGCUGCUGGGCUCCACAGGGCAGAAACAAGAACACCAACUGGAAGUUAAAAGGAAAUCCUGGACCUUCUUCAGCAAGGCCGGUUUGUGCCUGUUCGUCUGCAGCAUCUUGUUUUAUAUCUAUAUAGUGAACCCCAGCCCCUAUGAGUGCCUUCUUCCCCCAAUCAUUGGCCAGAGGACUCUCUGGCGAAUCCGGACCUGGUUCAACCCCUUCCUCAGGGUGGAAGUGGAUGACUUCCUGCCAUUUUAGGCCCGGAGCUUUGGGCAGGGAGGGAAGAAGAGAACACAAGUCCACUCUCCAGGCUGCCUUCUUUUUCUCUGCAAUUGAUGGGAACCAGAUGCGGACUCCAGCCCCAUUCAUCCUAUUCUUUUGGAGGGCUGAGCCCUGGAAAGCAUCACAGAGAGAUUUCUGAUAUUUGA